GCUAGUUAGUAGGUGUCACAAACGCGGGGAGAGCAUCAAGCGCAGAGGCAGAGCGGCGAACCAACCAUCCCCAUCCCACUCCGCUACGAAAACUUCUCCUUAACCAUUCACCAAAAUGACGACCCCGACCGCCCCCCUCGACGCAACGGUAACCAAAGUUCUCGACCGGGACCGCGCUGACUCUGACGACGAAGACGAGCUUCUCGCCGAGCUCGAGCGUGAAGACAGCGCGCUCGACGGCUUCCGCGAGCGGCGUCUGCAGCAACUCCACGACGAGUUUGCGCGCGCGGCUGCGCACCGCAGCGGUGGCGGCGGAACAUAUCUCAAUGUAGAGGAUGAGAAGGCGGUCAUGGAUAUUACCACAAACAACAAAAACAGCGUCGUCCACUUCUUCCACAGUGAUUUCCGGCGGUGUAAGAUCCUAGAUACACAUCUGGAGCUGCUAGCACCGAAGCAUCCCGAGUGUCGAUUCGUCCGGAUUGAGGUGGAGAAGGCUCCGUUCCUGGUGGAGAGGUUGGGCGUGCGUGUGUUGCCUUGUUUGAUGUCGUUUAUCGACGGGAAACAGGUGGCAAGGAUAGAGGGCUUUGAGAGGCUGGGGAAUUCGGAUUCUUUCAGAACUGUUAGGCUUGAGGAGCUACUGGUGGAUGCGGGUGUCCUGGAGAGGGUGAGGUUCGCCGAGGAUGGCGGGCUUCUGGGCGACGAGGAGGCGAGGAGGAGGGAGGAGGUCCAGGAUGAGGAUAGUGGAGAUGAUUGGGAUUAGAGGUGGUAGGAGAGAUUGGAUGUUCGCCGUUUGACUGACACGAAGGCGGAUGGGUGUGGAGGUCUUGCUUUGCUGUAUCUCUGAAUCGGCGGCUAUGAAACUACGGUUGGGCAGGAAUGAAGAGAUCACGGUGCGCCAUGGCGGAGAUGUGUUUGAGAAGCACAACACAACAAGUCCAACCCCAUGAAUCAAGCACCCUUGUACUGGUACCUCAAAUGCUCCAACUCCCCAAAAUUCACGGCCUCCAUCAUCCUCUCCAUGCCAUACCCCAUAACUGCUAUCACUGUAACAUCCACCUCAUCAGCACUCCGUUCAUCAAUUUCUGUUACAGGGAGCACUUACAAAACGGAAAAACACAAACAUAU